CGUGUAUGGAUGAGACUUUUAUUGGUGAUGAAGAAGAAGAAGUACCUGGAAUCAAGAAUGUUCCAAAUAUAGAUGAUGCAUUCUUCGCGGUUCAGCAAGACACUGAAAGACGUCUCAUAAUUACAGCAUUCCGCCUUUUGAUAAAUCUCAGAACGGUUAUUCAAAAGAAGUUGGUGACUCCUCGAGCAGCUAUUCGGUUUUGCCUUGAAUGAGGACUUUUCCUUGCCUUAAUUAUAGAAUUCAAACUCUCUCGACGACCUUUAGAGAAAUUUUCUGGAUGGGAAAGACACAUGCUGGGUUUUCCUCGUGUUAGAGCUAUGCUGGAUAGAGCACAGGUUACCAGAUCUAUUCAAUCAUCCGGAGAUUUGUAUAUUUUUCAUGAUCCACGAGGUAUUGUGGCCCUUCUCUCUCGCUGGUGCAUUCCAACUCAUACCUUUAUAUGCAGCUGGGGAGAGUUUACUAUUACCUUGGAAGAUGUAGUUGCUUUAUUGCAUCUUCCAAUAACAUGUAACUUUCCUGAAGAGCUUUCGACGGAGGAGAAAGCAAUUUCCAACACCUUAAUAGCUGAGAUGGAGAGAAUUAACAAGGCUUCUGGCAAAGGUUGUUAUGCUCACUGGUUAACACACUGGUGGCCACGAGAUGUCCCUCUCGACGAACCUGAUGACUCCAGUGUUUCGAACGGCUUUAUGAAGAUUGAAUGCUACGCCAAUACAAUGUUUCUUCAGGCCUUGGUGUGGGAAUGCUUCGAGAAGUAUGCACCUAUUCCCCGUAGUAUCUUGCAAGGGUUGAAUGUUAUUGAUUCCCGAUAUAUUUUCCCCGAGAAGGAUAAGGCCAGGAUUAUGCGUUGGUCAACAAAACAGCCUGAAUCCAAGACGCGCUUCAUUGAUGAAGUAGAAGAUGAGUCUGAGUUUAACUUCCGUCCCUGGGUGUUGAUUCUUCCUCAUGUUUCCCAAUUGAUAACUUUCAAUCAUGGAGAAAGCAUGGCUUUGAAAUACGGUACUAACUUGAGCGAUGGCGAAAGAUCCUUCAUGUUGAGCUGCACUCCAGGUUAUCUAAUAGCAGCAACAUAUGGAGACUUUUCGGUGGAGGAAUACAACAUUGACAGAGCAUCCCGUCAGAUGGGUAUGGAUCAGUGCGUUCCAACUUUUCGGAGGAUCAAACCAUCGAUGGAAUAGAUUAAGACUUGUUUAGACCGUACACAUGUCGAAGGAAGCUCUUAUUGGUUCCUUUGUGCUGACCGAGUUACAUAUGUAACUCCGGGUUAUAUAGAUUUCUGGAACCAGCAAUUUGAACACUUACAUGAUUUCGUAAGGGUUAGUCAACCUUUGGUGAAAGAGCCUCCUUCUGCUGAUAUGAUUGCUUCUCGACCCAGAUUGAAACACAU